GGACGCGCUGCGCUCGCGCGCGCCAUCAGCUGAUCGGAACGAGUCCAGCCUGCAGCGCGGAAAAGGGGCAGCAGGCGAGGGCGCAGGCGCCAGCAGCGAGACCGAGGCGCUGAGGAGGCUAUACUGCUAUAGACCGACUCGCGUGCGCUCGUGCAGCAGCAGCAGCAGCAGCAGCAGCAGUCAGUGAGUGCCAGCAGCCCGAGGGCUACGGAGCGAGCCGAUCGCUCGCGCGACCGCAGCAUCGCCACGACGACGACGACGGAUGAAGGCUGGACAGCCGCUGCUGCGCUGACCGCAGCGCGCGAUGCUGCAGGACGGCGGCCGGCGAUCGUUCGCGAGGCUCACGUGAGAGAAGAAAAGCCAGAGGCAGAGUUUUACACUAGUGAAUUUACACCGCUGAAUUUCGGACCAGCCCGCUAGCGCACCCGCUGCUGGAGCAUGGCCGACAGCGAGGGAGGCUCCGAGCAGGAUGACGUCUCGUUCCUCCGCACGGAGGACAUGGUGUGUCUCUCGUGCACGGCCACCGGGGAGCGAGUCUGCCUCGCCGCGGAAGGCUUCGGCAACCGACACUGCUUCCUCGAGAACAUCGCCGACAAGAACAUACCACCGGACCUAUCGCAGUGCGUCUUCGUGAUCGAGCAGGCCCUUUCCGUGAGGGCGCUGCAGGAGCUCGUCACGGCCGCCGGCUCCGAAACGGGAAAGGGCACUGGCUCUGGGCACAGAACGUUACUCUACGGAAACGCCAUCCUCCUCAGACAUCUCAACAGUGAUAUGUACCUGGCAUGUCUGUCCACAAGCUCAUCAAAUGACAAACUUGCAUUCGAUGUCGGUCUACAGGAGCACUCUCAAGGAGAGGCUUGUUGGUGGACGGUUCAUCCUGCAUCGAAGCAAAGAUCCGAGGGUGAGAAGGUCCGCGUGGGUGACGAUCUUAUUUUAGUAUCAGUAGCUACCGAAAGAUAUCUGCAUACAACGAAAGAAAACGACUUGUCGGUGGUCAACGCUUCGUUUCACGUAACCCAUUGGUCAGUCCAACCUUACGGCACUGGCAUAAGCCGCAUGAAAUACGUGGGCUACGUCUUCGGCGGCGACGUUCUCAGAUUCUUCCACGGCGGCGACGAGUGCCUGACCAUACCCUCGACAUGGAGCACAGCAGCCAGUCAAAAUCUGGUCGUUUACGAGGGAGGCAGCGUUAUGAGUCAGGCCAGAUCGCUCUGGCGGCUCGAGCUCGCCAGGACCAAGUGGGCCGGUGGCUUCAUCAAUUGGCUGCAUCCCAUGAGGAUAAGGCACCUCACCACCGGUCGAUACCUCGCCGUCAAGGAGAACAACGAACUCUAUCUCGUCGACAGAAAUGAAGCAACCAUUGAAACUUCGACCUUCUGGUUCCGGCAAGAAAAAGACGACCAAAAAAUCAUUCUCGAGGAUAAAGACUUGGAAGUUAUUGGAAUGCCAAUCAUCAAGUAUGGCGAUUCUACCGUUAUCAUGCAGCACUCCACGACAUGCCUUUGGGUUUCAUACAAGUCCUAUGAGACGAAGAAGAAAGGCGUGGGUAAAGUCGAGGAAAAACAAGCAGUGCUUCACGAGGAGGGUAAAAUGGACGAUGGCUUGGACUUCUCACGUUCGCAGGAAGAAGAAUCCCGCACAGCUCGAGUUAUUCGCAAAUGCAGUAGUCUAUUUUCACAGUUCAUCACGGGAUUAGAGACACUGCAAGAAAAUAGACGGGCAUCCAUGUUUUUUCAAAACGUCAAUCUCAAUGAGAUGGUGAUGUGUCUUGAGGAUUUGAUCAAUUAUUUUGCCCAACCUGAGGACGAUAUGGAGCACGAAGAGAAGCAAAAUAAAUUCCGUGCUCUUCGGAACCGACAGGAUCUCUUCCAAGAGGAAGGAAUUCUAAAUCUGAUUCUGGAGGCCAUCGACAAAAUCAAUGUGAUCACAUCUCAGGGUUUUCUCGUGGCACUGUCGGGAGACGAAAGCGGCCAGGCCUGGGAUCAGAUUUCCGGCUACCUUUAUCAGCUACUGGCUGCAAUAAUCAAGGGCAACCACACAAACUGCGCUCAAUUUGCCAACAGCAAUAGGCUUAACUGGCUUUUCAGUAGACUCGGAUCCCAGGCUUCUGGCGAGGGAACCGGUAUGCUAGAUGUGCUACACUGCGUUCUCAUCGAUUCGCCCGAAGCUUUAAACAUGAUGAGGGAUGAACACAUUAAAGUCAUUAUAUCACUACUGGAGAAGCACGGAAGAGAUCCGAAAGUACUGGACGUCCUUUGUUCACUAUGUGUCGGUAAUGGAGUCGCUGUCCGUUCGUCCCAGAAUAACAUAUGCGAUUUUCUACUGCCUGGCAAGAAUUUGUUACUGCAGACUCAGUUAGUAGAUCACGUGGCGAGCGUUAGACCAAAUAUAUUUGUCGGCAGAGUAGAAGGUUCUUCGUUGUAUCAAAAAUGGUACUUUGAAGUGACUGUUGAUCAUAUUGAACAAACAACACACAUGAUGCCACAUCUCAGAAUCGGGUGGGCUAAUACUGCUGGAUACAUACCAUACCCAGGUGGAGGUGAAAAGUGGGGUGGAAAUGGCGUGGGCGAUGACCUUUACUCUUUCGGCUUUGACGGUGCUUUUCUCUGGACAGGCGGCCGCAGGACAGAAAUUAUGCGCAAUCAAUCCGAGCCUUACAUUCGCAAGGGCGACGUCAUUGGUUGCUCCCUUGAUUUAACAGUACCCGUAAUCAACUUCGCUUUCAAUGGUGUACCAUGCACUGGAUGUUUCCGCGACUUCAACCUCGACGGCAUGUUCUUCCCAGUGAUCAGCUGCUCGUCCAAACUCUCCUGCCGGUUUCUUCUAGGCGGAGACCACGGCAGAUUGAAAUACCAACCACCUGACGAGUUUUCUCCCUUAAUUGAAAGUCUCUUGCCACAGCAGAUACUUUCACUUGAUCCCUGCUUCUAUUUUGGCAACAUGAACAAAAUGGUGCUGGCCGGCCCGUGGCUCAUGGAAGACGAUACUGCAUUCGUGCCCUCGCCUGUCGAUACCUCGAUGAUCAAUUUGCCGCAACAAUACCUAGAAGAUACCCGCAAAAAGCUCGCUUCGAAUAUCCACGAGAUGUGGGCUAUGAACAAGAUCGAUGCUGGUUGGACGUACGGCGAAGUCAGAGAUGAUCUCCACAAGAUCCACCCGUGUAUCGUGCCAUUCGAUGAGCUACCGGAAGCAGAGAAGCGCUACGACGAGCAACUCGCUGUUCAAACUCUUAAGACUAUUCUGGCCUUAGGCUACUAUAUUUCAAGGGAGAACCCACCCAGUAGGAUAAGGACACUGAGGCUUCCCCAGGAUAGGUUUACCCAGAGCACCGGUUACAGACCCACACCGUUAGAUCUCAGUGCGAUCACUCUCACGCCCAAAAUGGAGGAGCUGGUUGACCAAUUGGCAGAGAACACGCACAACCUCUGGGCUAAGGAGCGAAUAAGCCAAGGCUGGACCUACGGUCUCAACGAGGACCCUGAAAUGAGACGCAGUCCUCAUCUUGUACCCUACCAGAAAGUCGACGAAGCCAUUAAGAAGGCUAACCGGGACACGGCCAGUGAGACCGUUCGUACACUCCUAGUCUACGGAUACAUGCUCGAUCCGCCUACUGGAGAACAGCACGAAGCUUUACUGCUGGAAGCGAGUCGUCAGCGUCAGCUGCUCUUCCGUACCUACAGGGUGGAAAAGCACUAUGCGGUAAGCAGUGGCAAGUGGUACUUCGAGUUCGAGGUCUUGACGGCGGGUCCGAUGCGCGUUGGCUGGGCCAAAGCUGAUUGCAUGCCCGGCAGUAUGCUCGGAAGCGACGAGAAUACUUGGGCUUUUGACGGAUACAACGUGACGAAAGUGCACUGCGGCUCCAACGAGUCUUUCGGUCAAAGAUUACAAGUGGGAGACGUUGUCGGCUGUUUCAUUGACGUUCCGGACAGAACCAUCAGUUUUUCGUUGAACGGCGAACUGCUGAUGGACGCUCUCGGGGGUGAGACUUCCUUCGCCGACGUGCAGGGCGACUCGUUCGUGCCGGCGUUCACCCUCGGGGUCGGACAGAAGGCCAAGCUGACCUUCGGCCAGGACGUCGACACGCUCAAGUUCUUCACGACCUGCGGCCUCCAGGAGGGCUACGAGCCGUUCUGCGUCAACAUGAACCGAGCGGUGACGUUCUGGUACACCAAGGACCAGCCGAUCUUCGAGAACACGGACGACAUGGCCGACACGCGCAUCGACGUGGCGCGCAUACCCGCUGGCUCGGACACGCCGCCCUGCCUCAAGAUCUCGCACAACACCUUCGAGACCAUGGAGAAGGCCAACUGGGAGUUCCUGCGACUCUCGCUGCCCAUAAUCUGCCAGUCGAGCUUCAUCAGCGAAGGCGACAAGAUGCGCCGCUGGCAGGAGAUCAAGAUGCGCCAGAACCGGCUCUUCCACGACCAGGUCGAGCAGCACGCCCAGCCCUCGGCUCACAUCGAGCAGAUCAUGCGCUCCGGCUUCAGCAUGAGCGAUAUCAAAGGUAUGACCGGUACGUCUAAUCGAGCUCUCUCUUUCACUUUAUCGCUUUCUGUUCUAUCCUCUUUUUUUUCACAACGAGGGGGCGUGCGGCACACAUCACAGUGGAUCAUGAGCUUUCGAUCGCUUCGGAGCUUUCGAGACUUGAAUGAAAAGCGCAAGCGAGCUCGAGCCAAACUAACUCAACUUUAUGCAGAUCUACAGAGGAACUACGCGGAGGAUGCGCAAGAGAUCGACGAGAUGAUGCGCGAAUCGCCUCUCCCGAUGCAGCGGGGAAAACCCUCGCGGCCACCUAGGCGGGGCUCGGUCUCGGGUUCGCGCAACCUCGAAAACGCCCACAGCGACGGCGAAGUCAACGGCUACGGAGACAUGAACGGCGACUCCAAGGACGACAAGAAGAAGCGUGGCCGCUCGCCAUUCCGCCAACGUAGCAAAGAAAUGGAAGACAUCAUUACCGAAUUUUUCUCUCGAAAAGUGAAGUCGACCGAUGCCAAGGCCAAAACACCCGAGCCGCUUGCACGUGGUGAAACCGAAAGAGUUGCCCGUCCGGGUCCUGUCGGCAAAACGGGCGUUGGAAGAUCAGCGACUGUUCGCGUUUCAACUACCGAUCUGAAGGUAGUUCCCCCUCAAAUUCCAGAGAGAACUGGCGCGCCGAAGGCAAUGUCAGUCUUAGCCGGAACUGGAGUCGAGUCCAUUGGAAAUGAGAUUUUCGACACUGAUUGUUUGAAACUCAUGAAUGAAUACUUUUACGGCGUGCGGAUUUUCCCCGGUCAAGAUCCAACUCACGUAUAUGUUGGCUGGGUCACCUCGCAAUAUCACUUUCAUACGAAAGACUUCAGUCUGACCAAAGUCCGCAAAGUCUCCGUUGUCAUCGUUGACGAUUACGAUCGACCAGUAGAGCAGGUUGAGCGUCAGAGUUGUUAUAUGGUGCGAGCUGACGAUUUGUACAAUGAGGUGACGCAAGACGCAUCAGGAAAGGGUGCCUCGCAGGGUAUGUUUGUGGGUUGCUUUGUGGAUACAGCCACGGGCUGGGUGUCCUUCACUUGCGAAGGAAAGGAAACGAAGCACAAGUUUAAAAUGGAGCCUGACACUAAGCUCUUUCCUGCCAUAUUCGUCGAGGCUACGAGCAAGGAGAUUCUGCAGAUAGAAUUAGGUAGAACGUCGACGACCCUCCCACUUUCAGCGGCGGUGCUCCAGAGCUCCGAGCGUCAUGUCAUACCGCAGUUUCCUCCGCGACUCAAAGUCCAGUGUCUUAAACCCCACCAGUGGGCUCGUGUGCCUAACCAAACACUUCAAGUACACGCACUCAAACUUUCCGACAUUAGAGGCUGGUCGAUGCUCUGUGAGGAUGCCGUGUCCAUGCUCGCGUUACACAUACCUGAAGAGGAUCGGUGUAUCGACAUCCUGGAACUUAUAGAAAUGGACAAGCUUCUCAGCUUCCACUCGCAUACGUUGACGCUAUACGCAGCUCUGUGCUAUCAGUCAAAUUACCGAGCUGCCCAUGCGUUGUGCCUUCACGUUGACCAGAAACAGCUACUAUAUGCAAUUCGCGCCGAAUACAUGUCAGGACCUUUACGGCAGGGAUUCUAUGAUCUGCUGAUAGCCCUUCAUCUGGAAUCUCACGCCACUACGAUGGAAGUUUGCCAAAACGAAUUCAUUAUUCCGUUAGGUCAAAAACUAAAAGACUUGUAUGAAGACGAGGAAAUGCGACACAGUUUAAGGUAUCUAGAAGCAGAGUCUGUAAGACCGCAAAUGAAAAUGACAGACAUCAGGAUCAUUCCUUCCAGCGAGACCCAGAGCAUCGAGAACAUACGCAGCCUGUACAGUCCGUACUUCCCGCUGAGCAUCGUCAGAGACUAUGUCAUGAUGGCCUUGAACGAAGCCGUGGAGAUUAAUCAAGUGCACAAUAGAGAUCCAAUAGGCGGUAGCAAUGAAAAUUUAUUUUUGCCUCUGAUCAAGCUAGUGGAUAGACUAUUUUUGGUUGGAAUGCUCAGAAACGAAGACAUAAAAAAAUUACUUAUUAUGAUUCAUCCAGAAACUUGGGAUCCUACUUUUGAUAAAGAAGGCAAAGACGAGCACAGGAAAGGUUUACUACAUAUGAAAAUGGCAGAAGGCGCAAAAUUACAGAUGUGCUACUUGCUCCAUCACCUAAAUGAUAUUCAGUUGCGUCAUCGCGUAGAGUCGAUAAUUGCUUUUAGCCACGAUUUUAUUGCUGAUUUGCAGCAAGAUCAACUUCGACGAUAUAUCGAGAUCAAACAAUCGGAUUUACCAUCAGCCGUUGCCGCAAAGAAAACUCGGGAGUUCCGUUGCCCUCCUCGCGAGCAGAUGAACGCAAUACUCAGUUUUAAAAACAUGGAAGAGGACGAUCCCGAUAAUUGCCCCUGUGGUGAAGACCUUAUAGUGAAAAUGAACGAAUUUCACGGUAACCUUAUGUCGUAUGUUAGUUUGCAUGCUCUCCAAGAAGCUGAAAGCGCCAUAGAAAGUGAAGAAAACGUGGAAAAACCGGGGACAAUAAGAAAACUCUUAAAUUUCAUUCAUCAUGUCAAAGAAUUGGAAGAAGAACCCAAGCCUGAACCGGAGCCCGAAAGAAAAACUCCCGAAGAAAUAUUCCGAAAGGUAUUGAUUUCAACGAUAGUAACUUGGGCAGAAGAAUCGCAAAUAGAGACGCCAAAAUUAGUCCGCGAAAUGUUCAGUCUGCUAGUACGACAAUACGAUACAGUAGGUGAAUUGAUCAGAGCUUUGGAGAAGACAUACGUCAUCAAUAGCAAGACAAAGGACGACGUAGCGGAGAUGUGGAUUGGUUUGAGCCAGAUUCGUGCAUUACUACCUGUUCAAAUGUCCCAGGAAGAGGAAGAACUUGUCCGGGAGCGUCUCUGGAAGCUUGUGAACAAUCACACAUUCUUUCAGCAUCCGGAUUUGAUCCGUGUACUACGCAUUCACGAAAACGUCAUGGCUAUUAUGAUUAACACGCUGGGCAGGCGAGCUCAGGCUCAGUCGGAUGCUCAGGCCCAGACUCAGGCGGCCGAAGGCGGGGAAACUUCUGCCAAGGAAAAGGAUACAUCGCAUGAAAUGGUAGUCGCCUGCUGUAGGUUCCUUUGCUACUUUUGUCGCACCUCCAGGCAGAACCAGAAGGCCAUGUUCGAUCAUUUUGAUUUCCUACUGGAGAACAGUAACAUUCUGCUAUCAAGGCCCUCGCUCAGAGGCUCCACGCCGUUGGAUGUCGCUUAUUCGUCACUGAUGGAGAACACCGAGCUAGCGUUAGCACUUCGAGAACAUUAUUUAGAGAAAAUCGCUAUUUACCUAUCCAGGUGCGGUCUGCAAUCAAACUCAGAACUUGUUGAGAAGGGUUAUCCUGAUCUCGGAUGGGAUCCGGUCGAAGGAGAGCGUUACUUGGAUUUCUUGCGGUUUUGCGUUUGGGUGAACGGUGAAAGCGUCGAGGAGAACGCAAACUUGGUUAUCCGAUUGUUGAUCAGACGACCAGAAUGUCUUGGACCUGCAUUGAGAGGAGAAGGCGAAGGCUUGCUGAGGGCUAUUAUGGACGCUAACAAAAUGUCUGAAAAGAUAGCUGACAGAAGAAAGUUGAACGACGAAGGUGAGGGCAAUGGAAUAGUGCCAUUCGAGCAUCCGCUUCCGGAGUCCGACGACGACGAAGAUUACAUUGAUACCGGGGCUGCAAUUCUGAAUUUCUAUUGCACCCUUGUUGACUUGCUCGGUAGAUGCGCGCCUGACUCAUCUGUCAUUGAACAAGGAAAAAAUGAAUCUCUUCGGGCAAGGGCUAUUUUGAGAUCUUUAGUGCCCUUAGAUGACCUUCAAGGUGUCUUGUCACUUCGGUUUACUCUUUUUAAUCCUGCUGCUGACGAACCAAGACCAAAAAGCGAUACGCCAUCUGGGCUGAUUCCUGGUCACAAGCAGAGUAUCGUACUAUUCUUGGAGCGUGUUUAUGGCAUAGAAACUCAGGAACUGUUUUUCAGAAUAUUAGAAGAAGCAUUCUUGCCAGAUUUGAGAGCAGCAACCAUGUUAGACCGGAACGACGGCUAUGAAUCCGAUAUGGCUUUGGCUAUGAAUCGUUACAUCGGCGUCAGUAUUUUGCCACUUCUUAUCAAGCACUCGAAAUUCUAUAACGAAGCAGAUAAUUAUGCGAGUUUACUCGAUGCCACCUUACAUACCGUCUAUCGCCUAAGCAAAAAUCGAAUGUUGACCAAGGGACAGAGAGAAGCAGUGUCCGAUUUCCUGGUAGCCUUGACCAGUCAAAUGCAGCCAAGCAUGUUGCUGAAAUUGCUGCGAAAGCUUACCGUUGAUGUCUCUAAAUUAUCUGAAUACACCACUGUCGCUCUCAGGCUUUUAACUUUGCAUUACGAUCGUUGUGGAAAGUACUAUGGUUCCACUGGUAGUCAAAGUUUGUAUGGAGCAUCCAGUGAUGAAGAAAAACGUUUGACCAUGGUUUUGUUUAGUAAUAUUUUUGACUCUCUAUCAAAAAUGGAUUACGAUCCCGAACUAUUCGGCAAAGCACUCCCUUGUCUGACGGCUAUUGGGUGUGCCCUACCACCAGAUUAUUCACUGUCGAAAAAUUACGACGACGAAUGGUACGGUAGUAAGUCUGCUUCGACUCAGUCUCCUGACGGACCUUACAAUCCUCAGCCCAUUAAUACAUCCAACGUGGUUCUGAAUAAUGAUUUAAACCAAAUAGUUCAAAAGUUUUCUGAACACUAUCAUGAUGCUUGGGCAAGUCGGAAAUUAGAAAACGGGUGGACUUACGGCGAGCAAUGGUCUGACUCUAAUAAAACUCAUCCAAGACUAAAACCCUACAACAUGUUGAACGAUUACGAAAGAGAGCGUUAUAAGGAACCUGUCAGAGAGAGUCUGAAGGCUUUACUCGCCAUCGGCUGGAGUGUUGAGCACGCUGAAGUCGAUGUGGCAUCAACAAGCAGGAAUUCUCUUAGAAGAUCAUCCAAGGGACAGGGCGAAUCCGCGAGCCCAUUCGACUAUAAUCCUCACCCGGUCGACAUGACGAAUUUAACAUUGAGCAGAGAAAUGCAAAAUAUGGCAGAACGCUUAGCUGAUAAUGCUCACGAUAUAUGGGCCAAGAAGAAAAAGGAAGAGUUACUAACAGUAGGUGGUGGAAUCCAUCCUCAGCUAGUGCCUUACGAUCUCUUAACUGAUAAAGAGAAGAGGAAAGACCGCGAAAGGUCUCAAGAAUUCUUGAAGUAUUUGCAAUAUCAAGGGUACAAACUACACAGACCAAAUCGCGGUGGUGAUACUGAAGUAGCCGGCGCCGGUGCAGCAGUUGAACUUCGCUUUGCUUAUUCUCUCCUUGAAAAAUUGAUAGCAUACUUAGACAAGGCUACCAUCAACAUGAAGCUGCUGAAGCCCUCAGAUACAUUCAGUCGACGAAAUAGUUUCAAAACUUCCACCAGAGAUAUCAAAUUCUUCAGCAAAGUGGUUUUACCAUUGAUGGAAAAAUACUUUAGCACACAUCGAAAUUACUUCAUUGCCGUUGCAACAGCAACCAACAACGUUGGUGCUGCGUCUCUUAAAGAAAAAGAAAUGGUAGCCGCUCUAUUCUGCAAACUGGCGAGUCUUUUGCGCUCAAGAAUGGCAGCCUUCGGCGCUGACGUCAGGAUAACAGUACGCUGUUUGCAAGUUUUGGUCAAAGGCAUCGAUGCCAAAUCGCUAGUUAAAAAUUGUCCUGAAUUCAUCAGGACGUCGAUGUUAACGUUCUUCAACAAUACUGCGGAUGAUCUUGAACAUACGAUUACGAAUCUUGAGACAGGAAAAUACAGUCAUCUGCGAGGAACUCACCUUAAGACUUCUACCUCGCUUACUUACAUCAAUAGUGUAGUUCUUCCCGUUUUAACCGCCAUGUUUGAUCAUCUAGCUGCUUGUGAAUACGGAAGCGAUCUUUUAUUGGAUGAAAUUCAGGUGGCCGCUUACAAGAUGCUGGAGUCGCUUCACAGAUUAGGAACCGAGCCUGCACUCACCAGAGACCGCAAGUACUUAAAGACUGAAAUCGAGCGCAACAAGCCGAAUCUCGGCUCGUGCCUCGGAGCAUUUGCCAGCUGCUUCCCAGUGGCUUUCCUCGAGCCCCAUCUCAAUAAGAAUAACCCCUACUCCUUGAUAAAUCGAAUAGCUGAUAAUUCGGUCAAGGCUCAGGAUAUCAUGGCUCGCAUGGAGGAGGGAAUGCCGACGCUAGAGACUAUACUUAAUCACGUUGACCAAUUUGUAGAAUCCGAUAAGACUUAUAAUGACGAGCCUCACGUGGUUGAUGUCAUUUUGCCGUUGCUCUGUGCAUAUUUGCCAUUCUGGUGGGCUCAAGGACCGGAUAACGUUAAUCCAACCGAAGGGACGUACAUAAGUAUGGUAACGAGCGAGCAUAUGAAUCAGUUAUUGAAGAACGUGUUGAAAUUGAUCAAGAAAAACAUUGGAAACGAGAAUGCACCUUGGAUGACGAGAAUAGCUGCGUAUACACAACAAAUCAUUAUUAAUUCAUCGGAGGAGCUUUUGAAAGAUCCCUUCUUGCCUCUUGCGGAAAGAGUAAGAAAGCGCACCGACAAUAUGUUUCACAAGGAGGAGUCGAUGCGCGGUUUCAUCAAAUCUUCAACCGAUGAUACGUCACAGGUGGAAGCUCAGAUACAGGAAGAUUGGCAACUUCUUGUGCGCGAUAUAUAUUCGUUCUAUCCUCUGCUAAUUAAGUAUGUCGAUCUACAAAGAAAUCACUGGCUUAGGAACAACAUCUCUGAAGCCGAAGACCUUUAUAACCACGUAGCGGCGAUAUUCAAUAUUUGGUCGAAAUCGCAGUACUUUUUAAAAGAGGAGCAAAACUUCAUUUCCGCCAACGAAAUUGAUAACAUGGUACUCAUCAUGCCGACAGCCACGAGAAGACCUACCACGGUUACUGAAGGUGCAGCCCCUGCUGGUGGAGGAAAGAAAAAGAAAAAGCACAGAGACAAGAAGAGAGACAAGGACAAAGAAGUGCAGGCAUCCCUGAUGGUCGCUUGCUUGAAACGUCUUCUCCCAGUCGGUCUAAACUUGUUUGCAGGUCGAGAGCAAGAGUUAGUGCAGCAUUGUAAGGACAGAUUUUUGAAGAAAAUGCCCGAGCAAGAAAUAGCGGAGUUUGCGAAAACGCAGCUUACGCUACCUGACAAAAUUGAUCCUGCUGAUGAGAUGUCAUGGCAACAUUACCUCUACUCAAAGUUGGGCCAACAAAAGGAGAUCGUCGAGUUCGUCAAAGCACCGGUAGUAGAGGAUGUCGUAGCGAGGAUCACUGAUAUGGCAAAAGUACUUUAUGGCCUUCAUAUGAUAGAUCAUCCACAACAACAAAGCAAGAGUAACUAUCGCUCGGUGGUUUCCAUUCAGCGGAAGCGAGCCGUCAUUGCUUGCUUCCGUCAAACUUCCUUACAUUCCUUGCCCAGACAUCGGGCGAUCAAUAUUUUUGCAAGAACGUAUUACGAACUUUGGUUGCAAGACGAGAAUGUGGGACAAGAAAUAAUGAUUGAAGAUUUGACGCAAUCAUUCGAGGACGCCGAGUCGAAGAAAAUAGACAAGGCGGAGGAGGAGGGUAAGCCCGACCCGCUGACGCAACUGGUAACUACGUUCUGUCGGGGUGCGAUGACGGAGCGUUCUGGCGCCCUUCAAGAGGAUCCACUGUACAUGAGUUACGCCCAGAUCAUCUCCAAGUCUUGUGGCGAGGAGGAGGAAGAGGGCGAGGAAGAGGAAGGCGGUGGCGAGGAAGAAGGCACUGCAUCUAUCCACGAACAAGAGAUCGAGAAGCAGAAGCUGCUGUUCAACCAGUCGCGACUGGCGGACAGGGGCGUCGCGGAGAUGGUGUUGCUGCACAUCUCGGCGUGCAAGGGCAUCCCCAGCGAGAUGGUGAUGAAGACGCUGCAGUUGGGCAUUUCGAUCCUGCGCGGCGGCAACAUCGACAUUCAGCGCGGCAUGCUGAACCACCUGAAGGAAAAGAAGGACGUGGGCUUCUUCACCUCGAUAGCCGGUCUCAUGAACAGCUGCAGCGUCCUCGACCUCGACGCCUUCGAGAGGAACACCAAGGCCGAAGGUUUGGGCGUCGGCUCCGACGGGGCAGCUGGAGAGAAGAACAUGCACGACGCCGAGUUCACCUGCGCUCUCUUCCGCUUCAUACAGCUCACCUGCGAGGGUCACAAUUUGGAUUGGCAAAACUACCUGAGGACACAGGCGGGUAACACGACAACGGUGAACGUAGUCAUCUGCACGGUUGAUUAUUUGCUGCGACUCCAGGAGUCCAUCAUGGACUUCUACUGGCACUACUCCAGCAAGGAGCUCAUCGAUCCGGCCGGCAAGGCUAACUUCUUCAAAGCCAUUGGCGUGGCGAGUCAGGUCUUCAACACGCUCACCGAAGUCAUCCAAGGCCCCUGCGCCCAGAAUCAGCAGGCUCUCGCCCAUUCGAGGCUGUGGGACGCGGUCGGAGGUUUCCUCUUCCUCUUCUCGCAUAUGCAGGACAAAUUGUCGAAGCACUCCAGUCAGGUCGAUUUGCUCAAGGAGCUGCUCAAUCUUCAGAAGGACAUGAUAACGAUGAUGCUCUCUAUGCUCGAGGGUAACGUCGUCAACGGCACCAUUGGAAAACAGAUGGUGGACACCCUAGUGGAAUCAGCGAGUAACGUGGAACUAAUCUUGAAGUACUUCGAUAUGUUCUUGAAGCUCAAGAGCUUAGUCUCGUCGGCCUUCGCGGAAGCAGAUGAUGGCUGGAUAUAUCCCAAGGACUUUAAGGAGAAAAUGGAACAAACGAAGAAUUACAGCGACGAGGAAAUGGAAUUCCUGCUGGCUUGCUGCGAGAUUAAUCACGAUGGUAAGAUCAACUACAUCGCCUUUAUGGAACGUUUCCACGAGCCCGCCAAAGAAAUCGGCUUCAAUCUCGCCGUCCUGCUGACGAAUCUUUCCGAACAUAUGCCCAAUGAACCUCGACUCGCGCGAUUCCUCGAAACAGCUGGCUCGGUACUUAACUACUUCGAGCAGUUCCUCGGCAGGAUUGAAAUCUUGGGUAGUAAUAAACGCAUAGAACGCGUGUACUUUGAAAUCAAAGAGUCCAACAUUGAACAGUGGGAAAAACCACAGAUUAAAGAAUCUAAACGAACGUACUUCUACAACACUGUCGUGGACUCGGACGAAAAAGAAAAGCUGGAAACAUUCAUCAACUUUUGCGAAGAUGCGAUUUUCGAGAUGCAACACGCGAGCGCCUUGAUGGCAGUUGAAGAAAGUGGAGGCAGUGGAAAAGCCAAAGAAUCCUCCUACACUUAUAUGACGGACGAGGAUGAGGAGAGAAAAGAUCCUAUCAGGAGGAAGAUCCAAGCAUUCAAGGACGGCAUUUACUUCUUUUUCUCCAUGUUCUCUCCGUCGAACAUCAAGAACAAGAUCGCCGAGAUGCAGCAAAUGUCCAUACCCGAGCUAGUCGUAGGAUUCUUCAAGAUUAUAUUUUACGCGUUCUACUACUCAGGAUUUGGGGUUGGUUGCGUCAUCAGUUACUUCAUGAAGAUACUGUUGUCACUCAUGAGAGGACCUAGUAUCGAGGAGCCGAUCGCAGAGGUCAAAGAAGAUGACAUCAGAACUUCUAGACAUCUUCCAGCUUUGCCACCCACACCAGAUGAAUCUAAUUUACAGGUGCAAGCAUUUGGUAUGGAUAUAACGAAAGAAGAGGGUCAAAUAAAGCUAGCACCGCAUGAAUCAAUAGCAUCGACACCGCAAUCCAGUAUUGAGGAAACCGGCGAGAGCACCCCAGAGGAAGGUAUCGGUGAGGAGGGAGGCAAAUCUGCGGAUGGCUUUGGCGAAACAGAAUCACCGAUCACAUUGGCGGAUUUGUUGGGUGGGGAACAAGCUCGAGCGCAAGCUAUUGCAGCCGCGGAAGCUGUAGCUGUCCAGCAGGCAGCCAUGGCAGCAGUAGAGGCCGAAUCAAAGCAAGAGGCAGUAGCCGAACCAUCGGCAGCCUCGUCGAUCAAUUUCUCCGACUACGGUCAUCGCCUCGUCUCGUUCCUCGCCAGAAAUUUCUAUACUCUAAAAUAUGCAGCCCUUGUCCUCGCCUUUUUCAUCAACUUUAUGCUCCUCUUUUAUCAGGUGACUAGUUUAGACGACGAUUCAAAAGAUGACAGCAGUGAAAUAAUGGGAGAUUUGCUAAGCGAAUUAUCAGGUGAAGGCUCGUCGGGUGGAUCUGGUAGCGGCCUGGGCAAAGAAUUUGGCAGUGGAGAGGAUGAGGCUUCUGAAGACGAUGAGGAUUUAAUAGAAUUCGUCGAAGUGUCGAAGGACUGGAUAUUUAUAGCUUAUCUCAUGAGAAUCAUGGCUAUCAUGCACUCCAUCAUAUCAUUGGCUAUGUUAGUGGCUUACUAUCACUUGAAGGUACCUUUGGCGAUUUUUAAAAGAGAAAAGGAAAUCGCACGAACUGUCGAGUUUGAUGGACUUUAUAUUGUGGAGCAACCGGGUGAUUAUGAUCUAAAAGCAAAUUGGGAUAAACUGGCUAUAUCAGCAAAAACUUUUCCCGUAAACUAUUGGGACAAAUUCAUCAAAAAGAAAGUUCGACAAAAGUACAGCGACACUUACGACUAUGAAAUGAUCAGCGCAUUGGUUGGAAUGGAAAAAACCAGUUUCAUACAAGAAGAAGAAGGAUCCGGCUUGAUGCACUAUAUUAUGAACAUCGACUGGAGAUACCAACUCUGGAAAGCAGGAGUUACAAUAACUGAUAAUGCCUUCCUCUACAGUUUAUGGUACUUUGUAUUUUCUAUUCUGGGAAACUAUAACAAUUUCUUCUUUGCUGCACACUUGCUGGACGUAGCAGUUGGUUUUAAAACUUUGCGUACCAUCUUGCAAUCAGUAACGCACAACGGAAAACAGCUUGUGCUUACGGUGAUGCUGUUGACAAUUGUCGUAUACAUAUAUACCGUUAUUGCCUUUAACUUCUUCCGGAAAUUUUACGUACAAGAAGAAGACGACGAAGAGGGAGAUAAAAAAUGUCAUGAUAUGAUGACGUGUUUCGUAUUCCACUUGUACAAAGGUGUAAGAGCAGGUGGUGGUAUUGGAGACGAGAUAGGUGAACCGGAUGGUGAUGAUUAUGAAGUUUAUCGUAUAAUGUUCGAUAUCACUUUCUUCUUCUUUGUCAUUGUUAUCCUAUUGGCUAUUAUUCAAGGUUUGAUCAUUGAUGCUUUUGGAGAGCUUCGUGAUCAAUUAGAAAGCGUCAAAACAAAUAUGGAAAGCAAUUGUUUUAUAUGUGGUCUUGGGAAAGAUUAUUUCGACGCAGUGCCACAUGGGUUCGACACGCAUGUUCAGCAAGAACAUAAUCUUGCAAAUUACAUGUUCUUCCUUAUGCAUCUUAUCAACAAACCAGAUACAGAGCACACCGGUCAGGAAACGUAUGUGUGGAAAAUGUAUCAACAGAGGUGCUGGGACUUCUUCCCCGUUGGCGACUGUUUCCGCAAACAAAAUGAAGCAGGCGAGGACGAAGCCAAAAAGAAAUAAGAAAACUAAGUUUUUGGACGGAAAUUCUUUUUGUAUUAUAUUUUUCAUUACUAAAACUUGCGCGAUACUUUUUUGCUAAAUACCGAAAAAGCGUAGGGUCAAUAAACCAACGACAAAGACGAUGAAAAUGUGAAAACAAGGCUUUGUUCAGCGAAUGUGAAACAACUCAACUUACUAUAGUCUAAACAUUUUGUAUAUUGUAAAAUUUUAGAGAAAUCCCAGCGUACUCUGCGAGAAGUAGAACUCAAAGGUGUGGUUCAUUGGCUUGACUUCUGCUUCGUCGUUCGCGCGCUCCGGAUUCAAUAUUUUUCCAUCUUUGUAAAUGUAGCUGAGAGUGCGUGAUAAAAAAAAGGAAUGUGUGCUCACCCAUAAAAGAGAUGUAGGGCAUUCUAGUCGAAAAUGUGAAAGGUGUGUAAGCUGAGCUAUAAGACGAUCAAAUGCACAAAUCGCGCCAAACUAGUGACGUGUCUCACACUAAACUUAUUUCAUACUUUAUCGAAAUGAUUGUCAACAACUGCAGAAAUUUGUUUUUAUUAUUCAUGUUUAGAGUUUACUAAUAUUUUACUAUAUUUCGUGCUCGAAUUAAACUGUUAUAAGAUUUAUUCUAUUAAUUGGUUGAAAUAAUGAAAAUGUGAAUUCAGUUUUUCGUUAUUGUUGAUAAUCGAAUCAUACAUUAAUAUACUGUAAAUAAAUAAACAUUUACGGCAGGGCUACUGAUAA